AUGCUUUUUACUACUAGCUCGCUAUCCAAUGUUGUCUUAUUUUUUGGGUUUGGAAGUCGGGUAGUCUUUGGAGAUAAAGAUCAUAAGGAUGACGACGAAGACUGCCAGAUUUACACAGAUGCCCGCUCCCCUACUGCAACGUGUAAUGGGAUUUAUAAGUGCGCCGGGGGGUGCACCGGGUAUGUCACCGCCACCAACUGCACGCGCAGUCAAGAGCCGAACGACUUGAGGCCACCCCUGACCACUGAGCAAUGUACAAUCGGAUAUGGCAAAUCGUCGGCAACCAUGGCUAUUUGCAUUAACGAGUAUGCCAGCUUCACUUGCUAUGGCCCGGCAAGGGGGAAAGCAGAAUGCAAACGCUGUGUAAAUUUUAAUCAACAGACCCCCAACAGCCCCCCUCCUCAACCAUUUGGCAACUCACAAGGCGGUCCCAACACAACUCCGAUCGUUGAUACGAAUGGCCCGAAGCGACCGCGUUCAUCGGGCACCAGAAUCAGAACCAAUGCAUUCAUCUUGUCUCUUGGCACUAUCUUCUCUGCUACUUUCCUGUGA